AUUCGCUCCCAUCCAUCUCUACCGAACCGGCCUUGCGCCUGUCUUGCCUCAAACCCGCCCGAACCCGCCCUGAGCGACCCAUUCGUGCACCCGAGCUCGCAGCAUGAACGGGGACAGGGGCAACGACGACGAUAUCGGUCCGCUGUUCCCGCAGUACCGGCCCAGCCCUCGCCAGCCUCCUGCGCCGGCUUAUGCCCAGCCAUAUCCGUCGGGCUUCCAGCAGGGUGCUCCACCUCCUCAAGGCUUCCAUCAUCCGUAUGCGUAUGGCCAGCCGCAUCCCUCGCAGCCCUAUGCACCGGAACAGCCGUAUUACGCUCCCCAGGCCGGUGGCUCCGCUCCUCCAGUUGCGGGCUACGACCCUCGAGGCCCAAGAUCCUACUCCCCUUACACUCCAGGCUAUCCGCCUCAGGUCCAAGGCUACGCCCCUCAGUCCCAGAGCCAUGCCCCUCAAGGGUACGGUUAUGCCCCUCAGUCGUACGGAUAUUCUCAGCAACAGUCGCCUCCCAGCGAUCCGCGCCGGGCUUCCUACUAUGCUCCUCAAGGUGCCGGCUAUCCUCAGCCCCAACUCCACGCCCAACCCCACCAAGGCUAUCCCGAGGUCCCGUUUCCCGCUGCCAGCGUCCAGCCGCCCUCGAUCUCGGUCGAUCCAAACUACUACGCCCCUGCUACGCAGCACCCGCCUCAAGAUCACUAUGCGCCCAAGUCCUCUGGCGCCCCAGCUGAGGCGGGCUCAUCCUUUGUCGCCCCUGUUCGAAUGGUCUCCCGGACCUCUCUCGCCCCGUCUCCUCAGUCGGGCUACGACCCCCGCGGCUCGCCCAAUUCUCCCUACAUCGAUCGCCAGCCAUCCCAUGACUCGGGAAGCCUUCGCCACAGCGUCCUUCGUCCGUCAAACGAAUACUCUCGCCAGCCUUACAUCCCUGUCUAUUCCGGAGGUUCCCACGGUUCCGUCGAUGCUUAUCGGUCCGAGACCCCAGUCGAGUCCUCGUCGUCUCCCCCCACGCCUCCGGCCCGUCUCCAGUCGCAUGCUCUCAGUCACUCGGUUUCAUCUCAGUUCGAGCGUCCUGCCGGAUACACUGCGCCGCCUCGCAGUCACAGUCGGCUGCAGAACCGCAUGAGUAUAGCAAGUAUUUCUUCCAACAUGUCGCUGCUUGGCGGUCUCCCUGCCCCCUAUCGGGUCGACAGCUCCUACCAGAACGAGACCCUCGCCGAUCCCUCCGGCAUAUCCAGCAAUCGGUCGUCGUAUGUUUCGUCGAGCAAUGGAAACGUCCCGCCGAUCCCCACGGAAAUCACCGUCAUUGCCAGCAUCCCUGAGGCCAAUGCUGCACACCCCCAUCACCCCUUGCUACCCGAAGCCUCAAUUGCCGAAUCCAUCGUCGAGCCGAUGGAGAAUCUCCGCAUGAACUCUCCCGACACCAUCUCGCUCGCACCUUCCGAAGGCCCCGAAUCUCCGCUUACCAGUUUCCUCCAGCCCAAUGACACCCGCGUGAGCAGGGUGGACUCGCAGCGAUCUCUGCGUACCUACAGCUACAAAGACCACGACAUCAAUCCCGCGGCCCUCUCGCAGAUCGCUCUAGUCUUCCAAAACAAAAUCAGCCUUUCGGAGAACGAGAUGAGCGGUAUCUCGUAUCCCGAUUCCUUCAACGGCCGUGCGGCCGUGACAACUUUGAUGACCAUUCUCAAGACCACCGAUCGCUCACUAGCCCUGAUGGUUGGCAAGAUCCUCAGCCAGCAUCGCUUCUUCCACGACGUUGGAUACUUGCAUCUCGGGCAUCUGAAGGAUAGUGCCAGUGAAAUCUACCAGCUUGAGUCAUCAAUCUUGGAUCGCGUCGCCUCCGGGGAGUCUGUCCAGUCGCCCGUCGCGGAUUCUGCGGCCAGUUACUUGCCCCAGGGUAUCCUUACUCCCUUGACCAAGUGCUAUGCCAGGUUUUGUCCCGAAAACAGCACCUGCUACAGUUAUUCGUGCCCAUACCGGGCCCAGCAGGUCAACCGUAUGCGCCGCUUCCUGGAGCACUCCGAAACCCAUCUGGAUCUUCAGCAGGAUUCUUGGGAGACCUGCGUGUCUCGCACCGUCUUUGACAGCAUGCCAAAGGAAGAAAAGAAGCGACAGUUUAUGAUCCACGAGAUCAUCGCGACAGAGCGAAACUACAUCAACUCCCUGCGCUUGGCACUCGAGGGAUUUGUCGAGCCCUUGCGCAGUAGCAACGAUCUGCACAUUUCUGAAAAAGAAAACUUUAUCCGAAACGUGUUUUUGAACAUGUCUGAGAUUUUCACGAUCGGGCAAGAGCUCUAUGAGCGUCUGUAUGAGCGCCAGCAGGCCGACAAGUACGUCAUCCACGAGAUUGGAGAUAUCUUCCUCGAGUUUGUUCCCCGCUUCGAGUGCUACUUUCAGUAUUCCUCGGGCCACGUCUAUGGUAUUGAGAUGUUCAAGAAGGAGAAGAGCAAGAACAGCGCCUUCAGCGCACGUCUUGAGGCCUUUAGCCGCCUCCCAGAGUCAAAGUCGCUUCCCCUUGAAAGUACCUUGAUUAGCCCCACCACUCGCCUUGGUCGUUACGGCCUCUACCUCAAGGACCUUAUCAAGUAUUCGCCCAAGGACUCUCAAGAGCUCCAGAACAUCGAGACGGCUAACCGCAUGAUCAAGGAUCUCACCCAGCGUAUCAACGAAGAGAACCGAAAGCAGCAAGAUCGCCUCACUUUGAGCACGCUGAACUCUAAAUUGGCGUGCGAGGAAGAUGUCGAUCAGGAUCUGCGCCUGAUGGACGACGAUCGUCGAAAGAUUCGUGAAGGUGCCGCCUCGCUGAUUCGAGCUGGCGAGAUCAAGGUCUACGUGUAUCUCCUUGACCAUGUGCUCCUGUUAACCACCGUGCGUCGUGAAAAGAUGGUACUCUAUGAGAAUCCCAUUUUACUGGAUCUGAUCAAGCCUGAGAGUAUCCAGACCCGCGCCGGACACAGCUCCGAACAUGGGCACUUGUCACUCGAAACUCACUCUGGCGAGCGGUUCGACUUGAAGUUUUCUCACAGCAUCGAUGCCACUGCAUGGGCCACUGAUAUUCGCAACCAGAUCCAAAAACACAACGAGCAGGUCGAGCAAACCCCGGGCACACUCGUCCCCAAGAAGCUUGGCGAUCUUCCGCCCAACACAGUAGCCAAUUAUGAAGGCGUCAACUACGAUGAGAUCGUUGGCACGGGCGUGCUGCGCGGCAAGCUCAUCGUUGCCACCAAGAAGGGUGUCUUUAUGGGGCCAGAGUCCAGCGCCACUCCUUCAGUCGAGACAGACAGAGCCGUUCUGAACUCUGUCUUUGGCUCAAGCUUCAAGAAGAUUCUCAGCUCCGCGAGCGGUGAUAUCAACUUUGUUCAAACAAUCGAGACAAGACACGAUGACCUGAUGAUUAUUCGACAGGACAAAACUGUAUAUCUGUAUCCUGUCACCAAGCAGACCACAUCCGAUCCCUCGGUCAUGGCCGGCGCCGCUUUCAAGCUCAACUCUGACGUGGACCUGAUCCAAACUGGUAUCUGCGGCAACCGAAACUUGAUUGUGCUCACCAAGGUUGCAUUUGCCUUGAAGGACAACACCGUCCGUAUCUGGGACGCAACUGAGAAGGCCGAGGUUCAGAAGGGCCUGUUCAGAAAGGAGACGGUUCCUGCCAAGAAGUUCGAGGACUGCUUCCAUCCCGCGAAGGUGCUUUCGGUCGACUUCAUGAGCCAGAUCCUGUGUCUGGGCUCCGUGAAGGGCUAUGAAAUGCUGCGCGUCGACGUUCUGAACAACGAAUGCGCCGGCGCUGGUGCCCUCCUCCGACCCGACGAUCCCAAUUUCGCCUUCAUCACAAAACGUGAGUCGGUGCAUACCCACGGCAUCUUCAAGAACCAGAGUACCGGCGACUUUUUGCUCUGCUACGACGACAUCGGCGUCAUGAUUGACAAGAAUCGAUAUAGCACAAAGCCACCAUGGAAGAUUAAGUGGUUGGCCAAGCCCCAGGCCUUUGCCGUCAUCCAGGACUCCCUUAUCGUCUUUGGCAACCGGCUGAUCGAAGUCCGCCGACUGUCUGACGGCAAGCUGCUGCAGCUGUUCCCUAUCUCGUCGAGCAGCUAUAGUUGGCGUGUGGUAAACCCUGCGCUGGGCCAUGUUGUGUGCCUGAUGCCAAACGGCACCCAGCAGCUCAUGAAGCUCUGUCCGCGAUCGUGAGUCGCCUCCUUCUCCCGCGAUGUUUUUUUUUUUUUGUUCUCCACCCGGCUUUGCCUGUCCUCUUCUCAUCCCUGGCCCGUACUUGCUCUUCUGGCUCGACCUUGGAUUUGCUCGGCCAUCGCCUUUGCUCAUUCCGUGCUAUUUUGUGCUAUUUUGUGCUUAUGAGUUCCGACUAUUAUUUUUUUUUUGGUCUCAUAGUUUGCCAUAUACGUUGAUGCUCGGCGGAUGAUUGUUGCCGCCAGAGAAGAACUGGGGCAGGAUACAACGCAUGCAGCUGGUCUUGGGAGUGAUUCGUUCGUGCUCUCCACAAUACAUCGCAUUUAAAAGAACAGCG